ACUGCAGGGAUAUAUAGAUGCCGCUCUCAGUGGAGUCUGCACACGAGGAGGAACGCGGACACACUGAGGCAGGAUGGUCAAUAACAGCAAGAUGGCACAUACAACUGCUUUACUGCUGCUGCUCUUGGUCUUUUGCGGCUGGUGCUACGCAGGAGCUGAAGGAGAAGACUGCUGUUUGUCCACUCUGGACAAAACCAUCCCACACAGACUGGUGAAGUCUUUCUACUUGCAGACAGCAGACAUGGGCUGCAGAGUUCUAGCCACAGUGUUUGUCACGAGAAAGGACAAAAAACUCUGUGCACCUCUUCCGACAAAAAGUGUCUGGGUUAGAACCCUGACUGAUAGGCUUAAGAAAAAAACCCAAAGGAAAUCCAAAGGUAAGAAGCAGUAGAGGACCAUUUCCGACCUAAAGAUGGAGAAAUGCAGGUCCAGUGUCAGCAUGACCCUCAAGUCCACUCUGACCCGCUGAUCCUAGGACACCUGCCUGUGGGCUCUCACACUGCUGCCGGGUGGUCUCUGGAUUAAAGCCCAAAACUAAAAUCACAGCCAAGGGAGCAAACUCUUAUUCAAUAUAAUUAAGAUUAUAAUUAAGUAUUAUUUAUAUGCGUAUCCCAGCCAAUCACCAACAACACAGCUAAAGCUAUGAACAUUUGUUUAUCUUUGAUAGACCAGAAGAUGGACACUGUCAGUGGCUGUUUUUUUACUAGUCCUGUUUGGCACAAGUGUAUAUCACAUGAAGCUAUCUAUAUGUAGGCAUAAGUAUGUAUUUUAUUAUUAAUGUAAAUACAGGUUUCUACUGUGCAGUUGUGCAAAUAAAGUUUUUUUAUUGCAUUAA